AUGCAAGAUACAACCUUCCGUUCAGCUGACGGGAAACUAAUCUCCAUCCCGUUGAAACGUACAAAGAAUUCCCUCCCCUCUGCCUCAUGGAAAAAUGAACCCACUUAUGGUAUCAACAUCAACAAUCUACUCGAUUCCAUCAACCAAAACGAAAACCAAUCUACCCACUCGUCCUCUGGCCCUUGCCCCUCCCCCCGUCACGAUCAGUUAUGGGUCGAAAAAUGGAGACCCCAUCGUUUCAUAGAUCUUGUCGGUAAUGAAAAAUUCAAUAGAAGAUUGCUAACCUGGCUACGUCAAUGGUCUUCCGUCGUUUUCCAAUCCAAAGAUACCGAACCUUCAAUAGAUUUUCUCAAUCGACCUGUAAAGAAAAUCUUAUUGAUCCAUGGCCCACCGGGGAUCGGCAAAACUUCCAUCGCCCAUAUCAUGGCCAAACAAUUGGGCUAUUCCAUCGUAGAAAUCAACGCCUCCAAUGAAAGAAAUACUCAACAAUUGAAAUUGAACCUAACAAAUUCUCUUUUCCACGAUAAUUUAUUCUCAAAUCCAACUUGUUUGAUAGCCGAUGAAAUCGACGGUGCUCAAGAUUCAGGAUUGAUCAAAUUACUCUUGGAAAUCUUACAUUCCGAUAAAAGAGCCACCUUGACAAGGAAAAAUUCCAAAAAAAAUAAACUAUUGAAAAGACCCAUCGUGGCCAUCUGUAAUAACAUCUAUUCCCAUUCGUUGGAACGUUUGAAACCCUUUUGUGAAAUCAUCCCAUUACGUAAACCUCUUGAUUCCGCAAUCAUUGAAAGACUCCAACUCAUUGCUCAAAAGGAACAUCUUUCCUUAUCCUUGCAAGCAUUGAAAGAUAUAAUCAUCUCUUCUCAAGGCGAUAUUAGAAAUUGUAUCAAUAAUCUACAAUUCAACGCCAACACAAACGCUCGAGAUCCCUCUGUAUCUCAUAAGGAUUUCAAUAAUACUUGGUUUAAAAUCGUCAAUUCCAUUUUCCAAAAAAAUCUACAUUUGGAUUACAAAUUACAAUUCCAAAAUUUGACCAAAACAAUCUCAUUGAAUGGUAAUUUCGAAAAAAUCAUUCAAGGUUGUCAUACUCUUUAUCCAACCAUGAAAUAUUCAGACAUUUCUUUGCAAAAACCAGCUCUCAUAUCUGAUUGGCUCUAUUUCCAUGAUCUUUGUCAAAAUUCUCUUUUCCAAUUCAAUGGGGAAUUGCUUCGAUACUCAUCAAUCGUUCCUCUAGUUUUUUGGUUGAAUUUCUCAGAUUUAUCAAAUAAAAUAGAUCAAUUGAUCAAUAUCCCUGAUUUCCGUAUCAAAGAAUUACAAAAUUAUAACAACAACAUUUGCAAUUCAAUCUUAUCCAAUUUAAAAUCCCCCUUUAUCAACUCACUCUCGUUACAAUUACAAUUAUUACCUCAUAUCGAUAAUCUGUUGAGCACAGAUUUAUCAGGUUUGAAGAAUUUACCCUUGAAGAAUUCCAUUUUCGAAAAAUUAUCAUCAAUCUUGCAAUUAUACAAUCUACAAAUCAAACAACUAUACAAGGAUUCCGGUCCAGAUUCCAAAUUGAUCUUAUCUAUUGAACCACCAAUCGAUGACCUUGUCAUUUUAGAUGAAACUCGCAAAAGAGAAAUCAUUACAAAGAGACCUUCGAUUUACAAUCAACUCUUGGCAAAACAUGAAGAAAUUAAAAUUAAACAAAAACAAUUGUCUUCUGUACCAAUUAAAAGAAAACUUGCCGAAACCACCACCACCACUACAUCAGACCAAUCAUCUUCUAAAAGACAAAAACUUUCCACUAUUGAUUUUUUCAAAUCUCAAUACAACAAGAUAUCUACUACACAAACAGAAACUACUAAUACUACUACUAAUACUACUACUAAUACUACUACUAAUACUACUACUAAUACUACUACUAAUACUACUACUAAUACCACUGCAUCCUCAGCUACAUCACUUUCAGACAUUAGAAUUUGGGUCAGAUAUACUGAAGGGUUUUCCAAUGCUGUCAGGAAAAAUGUCACUUGGGAAAGUUUAUGGGAAUAA